AUGAGAGUACUCCUGGUGCUGGCCGCUGUGGCCCUGGCGGCCGCCAACGUCGUCAAAGAUGAUACCAACGUCUUCAUCGGGAAGGAUAACAUGGUGAACUUCGACAUCAAGAUGAAAGAGCUCUGCAUCAUGAAGCUCCUGAACCACAUUCUGCAGCCCACCAUGUACGACGACGUCAGGGAGGUCGCCCGGGAGUGGACCAUCGAAGACAAUGUUGACAAGUACUUGAAGGCGGAGGUUGUCAGGGACUUCAUUGACACCUUCAAGAUGGGCAUGCUCCCUCGUGGAGAGAUCUUCGUCCACACCAACGAGCUGCACAUGAUCCAGGCUGUGAAAGUCUUCAAGAUCUUGUACUUCGCCAAGGACUUCGACGUAUUCAUGAGGACAGCCUGCUGGCUGAGGGAGCGCAUCAACGGAGGCAUGUUCGUGUAUGCCCUCACCGCUUGCGUGUUCCACAGAGCUGACUGCCGCGGCAUCACUCUGCCUGCUCCCUACGAAAUCUACCCGUACUUCUUCGUCGAUAGCCAUGUCAUCAACAAGGCCUUCAUGAUGAAGAUGACCAAGGCAGCAAAUGACCCUGUCCUGAUGAACUACUACGGCAUCAAGGUGACCGACAAGAACUUGGUAGUAAUUGACUGGCGCAAGGGAGUCCGUCGCAGCCUCAGCCAGAACGAUCGCAUCUCCUACUUCACCGAAGACAUUGACCUGAACACUUACCUGUACUACUUGCACAUGAGCUACCCCUACUGGAUGAAGCACGACAUGUACGCCGUGAACAAGGAACGUCGCGGAGAGAUCAUGAGCUACGCCACCAUGCAGCUGCUGGCCAGAAUGAGGCUGGAGCGUCUCUCACACGAGAUGUGCGACAUCAAGCCCAUCAUGUGGAACGAGCCCCUUAAGACAGGUUACUGGCCUAAGAUUCGCCUGCACACCGGAGACGAGAUGCCUGUGCGCAGCAACAACAUGAUCCUGGUCACUAAAGAAAACCUUAAGUGGAAGCGUAUGCUGGACGACGUUGAGAGGAAGCUCCGCGAUGGAAUUCUCAAUGGCAAGAUUGAGCGCCGCGACGGAACCGUGAUCAGCCUGAAGAAGCCCGAAGACAUUGAGUACCUGGCGCGUAUGGUGCUGGGCGGUAUGGGACUGGUCAGCGACGAUGCUAAGUUCAUGCACAUGAUGCACUUGAUGAAGAGACUGCUCAGCUACAACGUGUACAACUUUGACAAGUACACAUACGUUCCCACCGCCCUGGACAUGUACACGACCUGCCUUCGCGACCCUGUCUUCUGGAGGCUGAUGAAGCGCGUCACCGAUGUCUUCGUGCUCUUCAAGAAGAUGUUGCCCAAGUACACUCGUGAAGAUUUCGACUUCCCCGGAGUAAAGAUUGACCGUUUCACGACUGACAAGCUCGUUACCUUCAUGGAUGAAUAUGACCUGGACAUCACUAACGCCUUGUACCUUGACGACACCGAGAUGAAGAAGAAGCGCCCUGACAUGCUGAUGGUAGCUCGCAUGCGCCGCCUCAACCACCACCCCUUCAAAGUCACCGUUGACGUCACCUCCGACAAGACCGUCGACGCUGUUGUCCGCAUCUUCAUUGGUCCCAAGUACGACUGCCUCGGCCGCCUGAUGAGCGUCAAUGACAAACGUCUGGACAUGGUUGAGAUUGACACCUUCAAAUACAAGCUGGAGACUGGAAAGAACACCAUCGUCCGCAACUCCGUGGAGAUGCACGGCGUCAUUGAGCAGCGACCAUGGACCCGCCGCAUCCUCAACAACAUGAGGGACACCGUCGGCAUGAUCAGCAAGACUGUUGACGUUGAGAGCUGGUGGUACAAGACCCGCGUCGGCUACCCGCACAGGCUUCUCUUGCCUCUUGGUCGCUUGGGUGGUUUCCCUCUGCAGAUGUACGUGAUCAUCACCCCAGUGAGGACCAACCUCCUGCUGCCCACCGUCGACAUGAACCUGAUGAAGGAGCGCAGAACUUGUCGCUGGAGCGUCUGUUUCGACACGAUGCCGCUUGGCUUCCCCUUCGACAGAAAGAUUGACAUGACUAAGUUCUUCACCCAAAACAUGAAGUUCGCCGACGUGAUGGUGUACAGGAAGGACCUGGGUCUCUCCAACAACAUCAAGGACGUGGACAUAUCUGACAUGAUGAUGAAGAAGGAUGACUUGACCUACUUGGACACCGACAUGCUCACCAGGUGGUCCUACAAGGACGUCAUGAUGAUGAGCAAAGACGACAUGAUGCGAAUGUAA